AUGGUUAAGGAAACCAAGUACUAUGACACACUGGGUGUCGCUCCUACUGCCACUGAGCAGGAGCUGAAGAAGGCUUACAAGGUCGGAGCCCUCAAGUACCACCCUGACAAGAACGCACACAACCCCGAUGCCGAGGAAAAGUUCAAGGAGGUCUCGCAUGCCUACGAGAUCCUCUCCGAUCCCCAGAAGCGACAAGUUUACGAUCAGUAUGGUGAGGCCGGUCUCGAGGGCGGUGCCGGAGGUGGUGGCAUGGCCGCCGAGGACUUGUUUGCUCAGUUCUUCGGAGGUGGUGGUUUCGGUGGUAUGGGCGGUAUGUUUGGCGGAGGCGGUAUGAACCGCGGCCCCCCCAAGGCCCGAACCAUUCACCACACCCACAAGGUCUCCCUGGAAGAUAUCUACCGCGGUAAGAUCUCUAAGCUCGCUCUUCAACGGUCAAUCAUCUGCCCGAAGUGCGAAGGCCUGGGUGGAAAGGAGGGUGCUGUUAAGCGCUGCACUGGCUGUGAUGGCCACGGUAUGAAGACUAUGAUGCGCCAGAUGGGUCCCAUGAUCCAGCGCUUCCAGACUGUCUGCCCCGACUGUAACGGUGAGGGUGAAAUUAUCAAGGAGAAGGACCGCUGCAAGCAGUGUAACGGAAAGAAGACCACCGUCGACCGCAAGGUCCUCCACGUCCACGUCGACAAGGGUGUCCGCAGCGGCACCAAGGUCGAGUUCCGAGGCGAGGGUGACCAAGCACCAGGUGUUCAGGCCGGCGACGUUGUUUUCGAGAUCGAGCAGAAGCCCCAUCCUCGCUUCACUCGUCGCGAAGACGAUUUGCUUCACAACUGCGAUAUUGAGCUUGUUACAGCUCUGGCUGGUGGUACCAUCUACAUUGAGCACCUCGAUGAACGAUGGCUGGCUGUUGACAUCCUCCCUGGUGAGGCUAUCUCUCAAGAUGCUGUCAAGAUGAUUCGCGGCCAAGGUAUGCCUUCACCCAGGCACCACGACUUCGGCAACAUGUAUAUCAAGUUCAACGUCAAGUUCCCCGAGAAGAACUGGACCGAUGACGCCGAAGUUUUCGAGACUCUUCGAAAGGUUCUCCCCGCUCCCGCCGUCCAGAACAUUCCCCCUGGUGAUGCCAUGUCUGAGCCCGCCAGCCUUGAGGACCUCGACAACUCUGCCCAAAGCAGAGUCUUCGGUGGCUCCGACGGCAUGAUGGAUGACGAUGACGAGGAUGGCCACCCCGGUGGUGAGCGUGUGCAGUGCGCUUCCCAGUAA